AAGAUUCGAAUGCAUCUCUAAAAAAUGGGAGAUCACUGUGCACCUGGAAAAUGUGAUUGCUCGUCUUCGGCAACUAUUGAUUCAUCUGAUUUGUUCAGCUUGUUUUUGAAAAUUGACAUGGAUAAUCUAGUAUGCCUCAAUGAGCUCGAGCCAGGAAGCGCUAAAACAGUCUUCAGGCCAUGGGAUGAGAGAUUAUCGACUGGGCCGUGCGUGAAAAGCGAUGUUGAUGAAGAACUGUUAUUUAACAUACCUUUCUGCGGAAUAGUACGUCUUAAAAAGUUAACUGUCAUAGGUCCGGAUGAUUCCUCUCAUCCAAAAACGGUGCGGCUCUUUAACGCGAAAAAACCGCUCGAGUUUGACGAAGCUUCCAAUAUUGAUGUAAGCCAAACCAUAAAGCUAAGUAUAGAUACAGAAGGCGCAUUGCAUUAUCCGGUAAAGCAAACAAAGUUUCAGAAUUUAUCGAUGCUUUCACUUCAUUUUUCCGAUAAUUUUGGAGAUGAUUCGACACAAAUAAAUUUUAUUGGGUUGCAAGGUGACUACAUAAGAGAUUUCCGCCCCGAGUUAACGAUAACGAGUUACGAAAUUGCGGCGAACCCAGCUGAUCACAAAGCGUCAUCCCAAAAUUUUGUUCCACACGGAAUUUCCUGAAGAUUGUUUGAAUUAUUCAGUGAACAAUACUCAGUUGAAUAAACUGUUGCAGUUCCGUUUAUAAAAUAUCCAUUUGCUGACCAAUUCCACUACCACUGUUAUAUUGGGAUUAGUACCCUUGCGAUAAGCAAGGGUAUUGCAAUCGGGUACCAGACUUUUUUCCCGUAAAUCACUUUGUUCACAGGACGUCUGGCCUCAUCUCUAGUGGUACCUUGUAUCAUAAUGUAAAUUGUUUCUGUUGCAAAUAAUUAAUUUUUCGGCCAAUUAUUU